AUGGCUCAGCAUUCUGAUAUCGCACGGUCGGCCAUCAUGACGUGUGCGUCGACCCCCGAGUCCUCGCGCGCCUCGGCCAACGCCAGCAACGGCGUCACUUCCAAUGGGGUGAAUAAUAAACAUAAUGAUAAUCCCGGGAAAGAUGCCAGCCUUAAGCCUCCCCCAAAGACUGUUGUCGGAAGAGCGCUAGGGAACGACCUGCAUUCCGAUGCCCACAAGGGAUCGCAGGUGUCCAAGGAUGGUGUCGGGUUUGCCCUAACAGACACUCCGAUUUCUACCGCACCGCCGUCUCCACAGAUUUCGGCCAGUACUCAGCCAGCCACUCCCAGUCGGGUUCGUGCAACUACUCUCGACAUCCCCGGUCUCACCAAGUCCAAGGUCUCUCCCGAUGGCCGUAUCUCCCAGCGGGAUGUCGGUUCCAAGUUGGUCAUUGUCAUGGUCGGUCUCCCCGCUCGGGGUAAGAGUUACGUGACCAAGAAGCUGUCCCGAUACCUCAAUUGGUUGCAGCAUGAUACACAUAUCUUCAAUGUUGGAGAGCGCCGUCGCGUGGCAGCGGGCAAAUCUCCGUCCCCGGCCAAGUUCCCUCAGGAUAAGAGAACUAGCUCGGUCCAUAACGACCUUGUUGACUCUGUGCGGCGCCUGAGCGUCAGCGUUGGCACCAUGAACCCGCCUGCUGACAACAUUUCGCCUCCCGAGACAGACUCGUCCCUUCCACCGCCGGUUGUGCCCGCCAAGAUUCUGGUCAAUGGAAAGGAAGAAGAGCCUCCAUCAGGUCUGCAGAAUGGAAGCACCGUUGUGCCUUCUAUUGAUGCCGGUCCUCAGGAUGAAGAAGCCAUUCGCGAGGCGUCUCCGGAGCCCAUGGACCAGACCGCAAACUUCUUCGAUCCCCAAAACCAGCGUGCUGUAAAGAUGAGAGAACAGGUGGCUUUGGACACCCUUGACGAACUCUUGGAUUAUAUUCUCGACGAGGGCGGCAGUGUGGGCAUCCUGGAUGCGACCAAUAGUACGAUGGAACGUCGGAAGUCCAUUGUCGACCACAUCCGCAAGCGUGCUGGACCAGAGCUGGGAAUCUUGUUCCUUGAGAGCAGCUGUGUGGAUCAAGAUCUACUGGAAGCCAACAUGCGCUUGAAGCUCUCUGGUCCCGAUUACAAGGGCCAAGAUCCUGUCACGGCGCUGGAAGAUUUCAAGAAGCGAGUGUCUCUUUACGAAAAGUCCUACGUGCCACUUGGCGAGUAUGAGGAAAGAAAUGGCAUGGCAUACAUUCAAAUGAUUGACGUGGGGCGUAAGAUGGUUUCACACCAAACAAACGGAUUCCUAUCUUCGCAGGUCGUCUACUAUCUCCUUAACUUCAACCUCUCGCCACGCCAAAUCUGGAUCACGAGACACGGCGAGAGCAAGGAUAACCAACUCGGCCGCAUCGGAGGCGAUUCGGAACUGAGCGAGAAUGGCCGCCGAUAUGGUAAGGCUCUUAAUCGGUUUAUCGAUCACCAACGUCGCCAGUGGGAGUUGUACCAGAGACAAAAGGAUCUUUUGCGACACUUCCCACCCCGUCCCGGUGACAGCACCCCUCCGAACCCAUCGUACGUUCCCAGGGACCGCCCCCGCAAUUUCUGUGUUUGGUCCUCGAUGAUGCAACGCUCCGUGCAGACCGUCGAGCAGUUUAAUGAAGACGAGUACGAUGUGAAGCAAAUGAAGAUGCUGGAUGAGCUACACGCAGGAAAAAUGGAGGGUAUGACUUAUGACGAGAUCCGCCAGCAGUACCCAGAGGAAUACUCUAUCCGCAAGAAGAAUAAGUUGUUCUACCGCUAUCCUGGCCCUGGAGGUGAAGGGUACCUUGACAUCAUCAACCGUCUUCGAGCCGUGAUCAUUGAGGUUGAGCGGAUGACUGACCAUGUCCUCCUGGUCAGUCACCGAUCAGUCGCGCGUGUGCUGUUGGCAUACUUCCGGGGUCUGAAGCGAGACGAGGUCGCUGAUUUGGAUGUUCCACUGGGAAUGUUGUACAUGCUUGAGCCCAAACCUUAUGGUGUUGAAUUCAAAGCCUACCGCUACAACCCGACCAGCGACUGGUUCGACUAUAUUCCCGAUUAUGAAAUGCGCCAGGCGACCUAUUAG